ACAGGAAUCAUCAACGAAAUUAUGAGCUCUUUUUGAGCGACUCCGGAGGAUAUAGAGUGACUCAGUUUUUAUUUCGUGCACUCACUUGACUACCGUCAGGUUUUGCCGGUCGGCGGAAGCGAAGUUUAAAGCUUGCGCAAUUUGCAAGAAGUUUACAAGUGAGCUCGUAAGCUAGCCCCAAGGUGCUAGCUUCUGUGUGUUUGAGAAGUCAGCCAGCCAUUUGUCUCAAUAUGUUUGCGGAGUAACUGGAGAGCAGGGCCAGCGCACUUGUCGUGGUUUUUGUACCCGACAUGUUUUUGCGGGAGGACGACGAGUGCGAGGCAGCAAGUCGUCGGACGUCGGAGAACCUAGCUUACUUCAUGGCUAAACAACAAAAACAGCUGCUGUGUUGAUGUGAGAAAAAGGGCAGGCGGACAACAUCAGCGACUAUGAGCAGGGCAGAACAGCACGACAGGGUCUUGUCCACAAGCCAAGACUCCCUCCCGUGCCUCCACAGCUCUAAAGCUGACCCGCUGAUCCGAAGCCGACCGCUCAGUGACAUAUACCCAUUCCACAGUCAUACUGAGAGAAGUGCAGUCCCAUGUCUGCUGUCUGGCUGUGGCGCCCAAGUAGGCUCUGAUGAAAACAGAUUGAAUUGUAUCAACUCCUCCGCCUGGUCCAACCCUGUUAUAAGUCAAUCUGAGGGAGGAAAGCCUUACUCCUCAAGAAUCAUGAGGCUUUUUUCUAACUCGAGAAAAGGCCCUGUCCCUGCUCACACUACAACCAAUGACCGCCCCACCUUAACCCACAACAAUGACAGCAACAGCGGCCCUCAGUCCUGGUCAGGACUUCCAGGACUGGGUGUUGUUGACUCCUUCAAAAAGCUCCGCUCCUCUGUGCUCCAGGGUAUACAGAGCAGAGGGGCAGCCACUCACGAUGGAGAACAUGAGCCACCAGAUCAGGAAAUGGCUAAUGGCAACACUGACCCUGGCUUAGAUGACGCAGCAUAUCGUUUAAAGAUUGCAGAAGGAUACAGAGUGUCUAAUGGAAAUUUAACUGUCCAAAAUUUGGCUGUGAUAAGCCAAUGUGGAUCAGAUAUUGAGGACUACGAUGACGAUGAAACUGAUGAAGGAGGCGGUCUCACGCGAAACACACGAUUGUCAAGGAGUAUCAGGAGAGCAUACGGAGCAGGACGCAUCUCUUUACUCGACACAGGGAAUAAGAGAAUAGCAGGAAGUUGCACAAAUGAGGCUACGGACACUCAGAAACCAGAUCAGACAUCCAAGGUCAAUGCUCAAACGAAGAACAUGAGUGAGAGCACAAAUGUGAAGGUGCUGAGCAGACUGAGCAAAAGUGCAGAAAACCUUCAUAUAUUUAAGGCACCUUUCAGACGCAAAGCACCAUCUCCAGGACCUCUCUCGCCUCAGGAGGAACCUAGAAGGACUAAAAAUGGGACACCAAACAUCCAGAGGACAGCCAGCGCUUCCUCAGUGGACCUGCGGGGCCACUCAGCUAGCCGCAGAAAAAGCCCUGUGAUGACUAAGGGGCCGAUGCUAAAGCUAGUCGGCAGCAUGACUGACCUGACUGUCCGACGCAGACGAAGUCCCUCCCCCAGCCCCACUUCUCCAUCUCCCUUGUCACCCCUGACCCGUCUCCAUGACGACUACUCCCGCCGUGUGCCUUGCCUAGCAACCAGCGAGCGACAGCGCAGGCCCUCGCCCGUCAGAGCCAGGGUCAUGUCUGUCGAACACAACCCACUGGUUCAUGUCCAACUGGAAUCUGAUGUCAGCCCUCAGCAGCACCAGGUUCUCAUCAGCCAGGUUUCUGUGGAGCCUCCAGAGGGAACAGAGACUUCACCUGGUAUCUCUGCUCAUUAUGAAUCACUGACUGAGGCCACAAGUGGCUAUAAAGCAGAGUGUGAGUCAUCUCCACUCAGCCAGAAAAAGCAAGAGCAACAACAGGAACAGACUGAAGUCAACCUGCUACAGAAUGAGGUGACAUCAGAACAACAAGGGCAAGAAGCACUUCUCCAAAUAGAUGAAGUCUCUCCAACAACCAGCAGCACCCCUCCUAUCUCUCCUACGAGCCUCUCAGACUCAUCCACAUCACCCACAGAUGCAUCCACAGAAACAUCCUCUGUCAAGCCCAGGCGAAGGAGUGGGCGCCCGAGACCUCGGCCCAUCUCUGACUACGGGCAGCUCAUUUCCAGGAAGCACUCCAUUCCCGAGGAAGUGGCAGAACUGCGUGCUGAAGAUAGGACAGCAAAUACAUCAUUGCAUAAAGAAUGCAGUGGUAAUGACACGUGUGGGAAUGGAGAGAGCCCUGAAGACUGCACAAUGAGCGGAGACCUUCAAAGCAUGAGGCAGCGCCCGAUCUCGGUGAUCGGAGUUGUGGAUCUGUUCCCUGCUGAUGCCGAGGAGAAAGACGACUGCCUUCCUUCUUCUCUGUCACGGCCGCCCAUCCCCUCCCACCAGGUGCCCCCCUACAGAGCAGUGUCUGCCAGGUUUCGGCCCUCCACCCUCUCCCAGAGCACCCCCAUUGGACUGGACCGUGUUGGACGGCGUAAGCUCCACAGAGUGCUCAGUGAUGGUGUGUCUGAGUGCUCAGCGACACUCGAUGACAGCGUUAGUGAGGAGGAGGAGGGCAGCUUUGAUGAGCUCACUGAUGUCACACCAUACCUCCAGCCAGGGGUGGAGCUCUCUGUGCUCAACGAGUGGAUAAGCUCAGGCCACACGGUGUAUGCUGAGGCUCUCUGGGACCAUGUGACCAUGGAGGAGCAGGAGCUGGCCUUCAAGGCUGGAGAUGUUAUCCGUGUCCUGGAUGCCUCACAUAAGGACUGGUGGUGGGGCAGGGGGGCUGACAAGGAGGGCUGGUUCCCCUCCAGCUUUGUGAGGGUGCGAGUGAACCAGGAGGAUUCGAGUGCUGAAAGUGUGGAGAGUGUAGCGGACCAGGAAGAUCCACCUCCCAGGGACACACAAAGCAGUCAGCACAAGGAACAGAUGAGAACCAAUGUUGUUCAGGAAAUCAUGAACACUGAGCGGAUCUACAUAAAGCACCUAAAAGACAUCUGUGAGGGUUACAUUCGUCAGUGCCGUAAACACCCGGACAUGUUCACUGAGCUGCAGCUGAAGACCAUCUUCAGUAACAUAGAGGACAUCUACAGGUUUCAGAGGCAGUUUCUCAGAGACCUGGAGAAGAAGUACAACAAAGACCAACCACAUCUCAGCGAAAUAGGCUCUUGUUUUCUCUUGCAGGGAGAAGGCUUCUCUAUCUACUCAGACUACUGUAACACUCAUCCAGCAGCCUGCGCGGAGCUGCAGCGCCUCAUGAAGUCAGGAAAAUACAAGCAUUUCUUUGAGGCCUGCCGGCUCCUCCAGCAGAUGAUUGACAUUUCCAUUGCAGGUUUUUUGCUCACACCCGUCCAGAAGAUCUGUAAAUACCCCUUGCAGCUAGGAGAACUGCUGAAAUACACCCCCAAAGACCACAGUGACUACAGCGGAGUGAGCAAAGCAUAUGAGGCAAUGAAGAAUGUGGCCAGUCUGAUAAAUGAGAGGAAGAGACGGCUGGAGAGCCUCGACACCAUCGCUCACUGGCAGGUGGCCAUUCUACACUGGGAGGGACCUGACGUCCUGGAGCGCAGCUCAGAGCUGAUCCACUCUGGUGAGCUGACUCGAGUCAUCCGACAGGGCAAAAUGCAACAGCGCAGCUUCUUUCUGUUCGACCACCAGUUGGUCUUCUGUAAAAAAGACGUCCUGCGCAGAGACCUGCUCCACUACCGUGGACGGCUGGAUAUGGACCAGACCGAGGUGGUGGACGUGCCCGACGGGCGGGACCUAGACCUGGGCCUGACCCUGAGGAAUGCUCUGCGUCUGCGUCACGCCUCCACCCUGGAGUUUGUGUGCGUGCUGUGCUGCAGGAAGGCCCAGGACAAGCAGAGGUGGUUACAGGCGUUUGCCAAGGAGAGAUACAGAGUCAAAGAAGAUCAAGAGAUGGGAAUGGAGAUCAGCGAAGAGCAAAGAAAACAGGCCAUUGUUAAUGCCAGAAGAGCCAAACAGAAGAAGAACAAAACCAUUGGUUACUCUGGUUCUGUCCCACCGCACCACCAAAACCUUCACCCACUUCACCAGCGUCACAUCACCAUUCCAACCAGCGUGCCUCAGCAGCAGGUCUUUUCACUGGCCGAGCCCCCAAAACGAAAGCCUUAUCACCUGUUGUACAGCAUCACCCGCAACGCCUUUUUCAGGAAAUGAGGCUUUGCUCCCUCAACUUUUUUUCCUCCCUGUGCACAUUCAGAGCACACCCAAACCGUCCUGAAGACUCGAAGAACACUUUAUUUUUUCCUGUAUUUUUUUCUGCCUGUGAAUGUACUGUUAAGUUCUAUUUUUGUGCCUCGUGUGUCUCUGUCUUUGUGUCUGUUGUUGUUGUUGCAUGAUGAAGUUUAGUGCCUGCAGUUUGAAAGGGGCACGACAAAAGUGUUAAAAUACUGACUGUCAGUUUUGUUGGUGUGUUAAAGAUGCUGCUCACUCAAGAGGCUCCCACCCCUUUGUCUUAUUAAUUCCAAUUGAAUUUUUUUAUUAUGUUAAUUAAGACAACAAUGGAUAUUCUGCUUUUAAGUUGACAAACAUGGUUUUAGUUUAUUUCAGAAGCUGGCCCCCUUUUUUUGCUGCAAGUCUGUCAACUCUGAGCACAAAACAGCCGGAGGGUAAUUUAACUGACACCUACCUUGUUAACACUGUAAAUAAAACUCUUGUACAAACAUACCAAACAA